AUGUUUCCUCUCAUACGACUGUGCUGCUUCCAUACACCUUUCAAACUCCAGAAGUUAACUGCUCCCAGGCUACUACUUCACGGAAAGAAUAAGACAACUUGCUCUUCUCUUGGCCUCUGGCUGCAGAGAGAUGUGUGUCCUCUCCCAAGAUCUCCAUGCCUCAACGCAGCAUCAGUACAUGCAACCAAGCUUCAGGCUCUUCACACCUCUCUCCCUUUCUUCAAGAAGAAAACCCCCAAAGAAUAUGAGAUCAAAGACCCUGGCGUCUUGCAACGAAGUAUGGAAUCACUAAAGGAUUCUCCUAAGCCAGCCCUUUACUUAAGCAUUGCAGGGCUGAUUCCGUUUGUUUCUGUGCCACUGUCAAUGGCCAUCCUAGGGACCUACCACCCAGAGGUGGCAUUUGCUCAGAUUAUGUAUGGUGCUGUGACAGUCUCUUUCCUAGGAGGGAUGAGGUGGGGGUUUGCUCUCCCAGAAAACAGCCCAGCCAAGCCAGACUGGCUGAACCUGGCUAACAGUACUAUUCCUCCUCUAUUUGCCUGUCAAGCCUUGCUCUUUAAAGAUGUCACUCAAGGUGCAGUAAUGCUAGUAAUGGCCUUGGGGAUAGCACUGCAUUAUGAUGUUUCCCUUCUUCCUACUUAUCCUAGGUGGUUUAAAGUACUGAGGGUAGUGGGAACAUUGGUGAUGGUAUUCUCACUAUUAGCUACUGUGGCACUGAAGGCUGUUUCAGAGAUAGAGCAAAGUAAGAGCAGUAAUGAAUGGCGGAGCACAAAAUAA